GGGGUUUUUAGAGGGCAUUUUAGAGGACAGAGCUUUGUUAUGUACCUCUAAAGUGCCCCUUUAUUUUUAGAUUUAAAAUAUCCAGGUACCUACCAUCAACUUUUUAUUGCACAGGCUACCUAAGAUCAUAAUAAAAGAGGUACCAAGUAUUUUCAUAUCUGUCGCGUCGCGAACCAAGUCCGAUGUAGAAACAUGCUGUCCCUAUAUCCUCAAGUGCUAACUAGACACGGUGGAGCAAACUUGAAAUCUGGUUAAUUUGAUUGGACAUAUCUAGACUUCAAUGAAUUCUCAUUGAACAGAUCUUGGUAAGCUGACUCCAUCGUGUCUACCUAACCUAGAGUUGGCAACUUGAGGACAUCUUAAUUUCUCAAUGAUUUCCGCGUUUUUACUAACCUCACUCAACUCCUAAAAUCAUCGCUUAUCUCACCUUCGUCUAGCCUGGAUUAAACCAUGGAAAAACUAAAGAUCGGUCUGACAGGGUCCCAAGAAACGUCGAUAGGAACGUUGGUAGCGAGAGCCACAGACGCAAGAUCUGCCAAGUCUAUCCUUCACGACACAAACGCCAUUCGAAUUAUGGAUCAGAUUGACCAUGACUUUGACAAAUUCCACAUCAAUGAAGCACAUGCUACCUUAUAUAGUACUCGGACGAUAUGCUUAGAUCGUUGGGUUACAGAGUUUCUGUUACGAAAUCCCCAGGCGACAGUCGUUCACCUAGCCUGUGGCUUAGACGACCGUUUGCGUCGUCUCCAAGCAGACCUGACCAAGGUCCGCUGGAUUGAUCUCGACCUACCCGACGUUGUCGAGCUUCGGGCCAAACUCAUCCCCAGUCCAAAGGGCGACUACCAGCUCAUCGCUGCAGACGCAACAGACAGAGCAUGGCUCGAGGAGAUCCCUACUGACCGUCCUACUGUUAUCGUCUGCCAGGGGUUAACCAUGUUCUUGGAAGAAGAGUCCGGGAAGCGCAUGAUACGGCAGAUUGUCGACCACUUCAAGUCGGGCCAGCUUAUCAUCGAUUUUAUCAGCACCAUAUCACUCUAUACACAAGGCCAGGUCGCUACCCUAGUAGCCACGGGUGCAAGUUUCAAGUGGGGGGUUGACGACCCCAAAUCGAUUGAGACACUUCACCCACGGCUGAAGAUAGUAGAUUGUCUAGGACCGUCUGAACUUGGCGAUAAUGAACAUUUACCGCUUAGGACUCGUUUAUUGAUAUCAACUUACCCUGACGUACCUUGGCUUCGUUAUCUCAGCUCUUACGUACGAUUCAAUUUCUAGAAGCGACAGAAUAUGCAUUGGUUAUCUGGGAUAUUUGACUGUAUACCUUUUAUGCAGUCGCUUCAGAAAUAUGAGCAAUUGGUUGAAGAA